GGUGACGUCAGAGCGUCUGGACGCCAUUAGAUCUGCAGCUGUUUGGAGAGAAACAACAACAACACGAACGACCCUUAUACGAAACGCGCACUGGACCGCGGGAGCCCGACGCCUCUUUCCCCUCCCCCGGGCUUCACCGGCUUCUAACCACGGCCGCUCUCGGUGAGGAAACUCUGGCCUCCGCUUCCUCCUCCUCCGACUCGGACACCGGCGGAGCGUCGCCGCCCCCGCGGAAGAAGCACCGAGCCUCGGCGGCGGAGGGAGUAGGAGAGCCCGGGGCUUCAGCGGGCCUGCCAUUAGCGACCCACCUCAGCCGAACCGGCACCAACAUGCAGUCGAACGGGACCGGACAGGAGCAAAACCACCCAGCCAGCACACAGAACGGAGAUGCCAACGGCCUCCAGAGCAACGCGGGCUCGGCUUCGGGGGCCUCCGGGACGAGUUCGGGUUCCUUGAAGAAGAAAAAGCGUCUGUCUCAGUCGGAGGAGGAUGUGAUCCGCCUCAUCGGACAGCAUCUGCACGGGUUAGGGCUGAAUCAGACGGUGGAUUUGUUGAUGCAGGAAUCGGGCUGUAGAUUGGAGCAUCCGUCAGCCACAAAGUUUCGCAACCACGUCAUGGAAGGGGAAUGGGACAAGGCUGAAAACGACCUCAACGAGCUAAAAGCAUUGAUGCAUUCACCCAACGCUAUUGUGCGGAUGAAGUUUCUGCUAUUACAGCAGAAGUAUCUGGAGUAUUUGGAGGACGGAAAAGUUCUGGAAGCUCUGCAAGUGUUGAGAGGAGAGUUGACUCCACUCAAAUACAACACUGAUCGAAUCCACAUGCUCAGCGGGUAUCUGAUGUGCAGCCAUGCUGAGGAUCUGAAGGUAAAGGCAGAAUGGGAGGGAAAAGGCGCUGGAUCACGUUGUAGAUUACUGGACAAGCUCCAGGCGUACCUGCCCCCCUCUGUAAUGUUGCCUCCUCGGCGGCUGCAGACGCUGCUCAGACAGGCUGUGGAGAUGCAGAGAGAUCGCUGCCUUUAUCACAACACCAAACUAGACUCCAGUCUGGACUCUGUGUCCUUACUGCUGGAUCAUGUCUGCACCAGGAAACAGUUUCCCUGUUACACACAGCAGAUCCUCACAGAGCAUUGCAAUGAAGUCUGGUUCUGCAAGUUCUCCAACGACGGCACUAAACUCGCCACCGGCUCGAAGGACACAACCGUGAUCAUCUGGCAGGUGGAGCCGGACUCGCAUCAGUUGAAGCUCUUACGGACUCUGGAGGGUCACGCGUACGGUGUGUCGUAUCUCGCCUGGAGUCCUGAUGACGUUUACCUGAUCGCCUGCGGUCCGGACGACUGCUCUGAGCUCUGGCUGUGGAACGUUCAGACAGGAGAACUGCGGACAAAGAUGAGUCAGUCUCACGAGGACAGCCUGACCAGUGUGGCCUGGAACCCCGACGCCAAGCGCUUCGUUACAGGAGGACAGAGAGGGCAGUUUUACCAAUGUGAUCUUGACGGAAACCUGUUGGAGUCGUGGGAAGGCGUGCGCGUGCAGUGCCUCUGGUGCAUGAACGACGGCCGGACUGUUCUCGCCUCUGAUACGCACCAGCGGAUCCGUGGAUACAGUUUCGAGGACCUAACAGACAGAAACAUAGUUCAGGAGGAUCAUCCAAUAAUGUCUUUCACUGUUUCUAAGAAUGGAAGAUUAGCUUUGUUAAAUGUUGCAACUCAGGGCGUUCAUCUCUGGGACCUACAGGACCGUGUGUUGGUCAGGAAGUUUCAGGGUGUACAACAGGGUUUCUACACCAUUCACUCCUGCUUCGGUGGACACAACGAGGAUUUCAUCGCGAGCGGCAGUGAAGAUCAUAAGGUAUAUAUUUGGCACAAGCGCAGCGAGCUGCCGAUCGUGGAGUUGACGGGACACACACGCACGGUGAACUGUGUCAGCUGGAACCCGUGUAUUCCCAGUCUCAUGGCCAGCGCUUCUGAUGACGGCACAGUCCGGAUCUGGGGACCCGCACCCUUCCUGGACGCACAAGAGCUGGGCGGCCUCAAUGAGAGUUGCAACAGUAUGGACAGUUGACGGCAGCCCUGGAACAGACGGCUUCUUAUUACAAGAAAUAUGCGAAGUCCAACAGAGAAAAACACGAUUACAGCAUUGCCCUCCUCCACAACGACACACAAGAGUGCAAACGCGAUCCAGAGCCUCGCUUUCAGGAGUCCGGAGGCAGCGGAGACCCCUGACGCUGAUCUCCAUACUAGGGACCCGCUUCCAUAACCACGGAUCUGAUCUCUUUCCCAUCGGGUUCCCCGUGUUUCCACAUUAUGACCCUUACAUUAGGCCUGAAGACAAGAUGCCGCCUAUCAGGCUCGAGCGCCGGGGUGGGUGACCAGGGUUCGGCCGGGUGUUUAAACUCACACUCAAUGUUUUUCUCUCGCUCUCAAUCCUCCAGCGGCAAAGGGACACAACACUUUUUAAAAAAAAAAAGAAAUCCUAGUCCUAGCAAUUCUCUUUUGUUCCUUUAGCAGUUGAUCAGCUUGGGCUUUUAGUGUUGAUGAUGGAGUGCUGUAGUUUUUCUUUUUUAUCUUUCAGAACACAAAUGCAUUUGUUUCCACCGGGCCCACGUCACGCAUCAGCAGGGGUCAGAGGUCACGUUCUGAUCUCUGAGAGUUUGAGCGUCGGACUCAAAUUCUGCUUCCUCCUGUAGCACAGCCGUGUGUGUGUGUGUGUGUGUUAGUGUGUGAUUAAAUGUGCCUGAAGUUGGUGUACGUUCGCAUGUGGCACUGUUUUCACACCAGCGUGAGCGUGUCCCCUGUUUAGCUGUAUUAAUCAUUUUAACAGAAUCUGACCGAAGCCCCAGAGACCUUCGUCUGUGGAACAAAAACUUGAGAACCAUUUUGUAUCCUUUUUUUUUUUUUUUUAAGAAACCUAUUAGCGAAGUUCCUUGUUUUCACCACUUACCUUAGAGGUGGCGUUCAGGAGAGAGACUUUGUCAUACUAGUUUGAAAAAUUGAUCGGAAACGUGACUUUGAGAGCGAAACGCACGUUCUCCUUACACGGAGCGUGCGUGAAAACGUGCCGACAGCUUUAAAAAGAAAAGAUACUGUGACACUCAAACUGUCAAUCAGAUAUUCGGCUCCUGGUGAGGAGUUUGUGGCGUUUAAAUGACCUAUGCAGCAACAUUUGAGCUGAGACCCCAGAUAUAAUGUUUCUUGCAGCAGCCAUACCAGCAUUAAAAUAAACCGUCUCCGACCGCACUACAUAUCCACAACCAUUUCAUCUCUGCCUGUACGUUAGUUCAGUUAGAUCCACACGCUCAAUUCCCUGAUCUGAGCUGUUUACACCAAAUAUCGAGCAUUCGAGUCCCCCUUUUUUUGGAGAGAAAUAAAUAUUUGCUAUGGACUGAUAUUAAAUGUUUGAAAAGAAAUGCUUUUCUGCCUGUUUUUAUGGAAGUUUUUGUUACUUUUUUUGGUUUACAAGAUUUUUUUUUUUUUGGUUGAUUUAAUCUCUGUAUCAUUAUAUUAAACUAUAACCAGAUAAUUUGUCUCCUCUUUUUUUAAAUAUUUUAUUUAAGCAUUAUUAGCAUUCUUUUUAUUUUUAUUAUAAACAUAUAUAUUAUUACGUUAACCAUCAUUUUAUUAACAUCCUCAUAUCUAUUUCCGCAGUCAUAAGAUGGUGCUAAACGCCCCGGCCUUUGCCUCGCAGGUGGAAGUAUAAAUGGAUAUCCAGAUUAUUUCACAAUCUUUUCUAAACUCGCAUCAAACACUUUAUUAAACAUUUUUAAGGGUUUACCCUCGCCAACUUUAUGAAUUUUAACAGCUGGGCGCUAAAGCGCAACGUGAAAUUCGUUAUAAAAGCAAUUGUGAUUAUGAUCAAUUCUAUUGUUCCAAUGACUAUUUUAGUUAUUAAAGAUUUGUAAAAAUGGAUUUUGAUAUAGAAUGGCGUCAGUGAAAUCUCUGCAUUGCCCAGCAACAUCUGCCUGUUUUGGUUUUCAUUGGAUUUUGCCUGUUUACUUGAGGACCAUUUUGUGCCAUUAGCAAAUAAACAUCUAAUAAAAUCUCAACAAUAAUUGGUUGCUGCUUGGACCAGGCUGAUGCUUGUGCACUGUGACACGUCUUUGCUGUUGAUUUAGCUGAUCUGAGAGCAGUUUGUCACUUUUUUUGGCUAUUCCUCAUUGUUUUAAAGAAGUAAAAACAAGCCUGCUCAUUAUUACAGCAGUAGACAUACUCUUAAUGCAUUUGAUGAUGAUGAUGAUGAUGAAGAGGGUAGUAUUGUUACUCUACUAACCAUAUGCAAGAGGGUCUCUUUUUUUCCAGCUAACUGCAGGUGUGUUGCUCUCAUGUUUGACUGUGAAUCAGAUGUGUGAGAGGUUUUCGUCAUAACUGCUCCUGUCCGAAGGGCAUCCCAUUUGCAUUAAAUGUGUUAUUUCAAAAGUGAUUGUACUGUUUUGUAUUGUUGUGUAGGAAGUGUUAUGUAUGCAUAUUUUCAAUAAAGCAUUCAGGGUUUUGAAA